GAUGAGGGCCUGGAUUUUUUUCCUUCUCUGCCUGGCAGGCAAAGCCCUGGCAGCUCCGCAGGAGGCUCUGCCUGAUGAGACAGAAGUCAUUGAAGAUCCCACAACAGAGGUAGGUGACUCUCCUGUGGGGGCUAACCCUGUCCAGGUGGAGGUGGGAGAGUUCGAGGAACCCGCAGAGGAUGUAGAGGAGAUUGUUGCAGAGAACCCCUGCCAGAACCACCACUGCAAGCAUGGCAAGGUGUGCGAGGUGGAUGACAACAACUCACCCAUGUGUGUGUGCCAGGACCCCUCCAGCUGCCCAGCCACCGCCGGUGUCUUCGAGAAGGUCUGUGGCACUGACAACAAGACCUACGACUCUUCCUGCCAUUUCUUUGCCACCAAGUGCACCUUGGAGGGAACCAAGAAGGGACACAAGCUGCACCUGGACUACAUUGGGCCUUGCAAAUUCAUCCCUGCCUGCCUGGACACAGAACUGACAGAGUUCCCCCUGCGCAUGAGGGACUGGCUGAAGAACGUGCUGAUCACCCUGUAUGAGCGUGAUGAGGACAACAACCUGCUGACUGAGAAGCAGAAGCUCAAGGUGAAGAAGAUCCACGAGAACGAGAAGCGCCUGGAGGCUGGUGACCACACCGUGGAGCUGCUGGCCCGUGACUUUGAGAAGAACUACAACAUGUACAUCUUCCCUGUGCACUGGCAGUUUGGGCAGCUGGACCAGCACCCCAUUGAUGGGUACCUGUCCCACACCGAGCUGGCCCCGCUCCGUGCCCCUCUCAUCCCCAUGGAGCACUGCACCACUCGCUUCUUUGAGGCUUGUGACCUGGACAACGACAAGUACAUCGCCCUGGAGGAGUGGGCCAGCUGCUUCGGCAUCAAGGAGCAGGACAUAGACAAGGAUCUCGUGAUCUAAACCCUCAGCUUCCUUCUCUGCUGCC